CAGCUCCAUUUUGUUGUCUGAGCUCGUCGCUGUCAGCCGGGUCUACCUUCUGUCACUGUCGCCUGGCCUCUGACCAGAACGAUGAGACAUUCAAGGAGAACUUACUGCCCUGAUUGGGAUGAAAAGGAUUGGGAUUGUGGAAAAUGGAGGAGCAGUAGCAGUUAUAAAAGAAGGAAGAGAUCACAAAGCGGUGCUCGGGAGAAUAAGCGCUGCAAAUAUAAUAAUUCUAAAACAUCUGAUAGCCAUUACAUGGAAAGUAGAUCUAUAAAUGAGAAAGAUUACCAUAGUCGUCGCUACAUUGAUGAAUACAGAAAUGACUACAGUCAAGGAUGUGAACUUGGGCAUUACCAUAGAGACCAUGAAAACAGAUAUCAGAACCAUAGUAGCAAGUCUUCUGGUCGAAGUGGAAGAAGUAGUUAUAAAAGCAAACACAAGAUUCCUCACAGUACUUCACAUCAUCGUUCCCAUGGGAAGAGUCACCGAAGGAAAAGAACCAGGAGUGUAGAGGAUGAUGAGGAGGGUCACCUGAUCUGUCAGAGUGGAGACGUACUAAGUGCAAGAUAUGAAAUUGUUGAUACUUUAGGUGAAGGAGCUUUUGGAAAAGUAGUGGAGUGCAUUGAUCGUAAAGGAGGAGAUCGGCGUGUAGCAGUAAAAAUAGUAAAAAAUGUAGACAGAUAUUGUGAAGCUGCUCGCUCAGAAAUUCAAGUUCUGGAACACUUAAAUACAACAGACCCCAAUAGUACUUUUCGUUGUGUUCAAAUGUUGGAAUGGUUUGAACAUCAUGGGCAUAUUUGUAUUGUGUUUGAACUGCUGGGACUUAGUACCUAUGAUUUCAUUAAGGAAAAUGGAUUUCUACCAUUUCGACUGGAUCAUAUCAGGAAAAUGGCAUAUCAGAUAUGCAAGUCUGUGAAUUUUUUACACAGUAAUAAGUUAACUCACACCGACUUAAAGCCUGAAAAUAUAUUAUUUGUACAAUCAGACUACACAGAGGCCUAUAACCCCAAAAUGAAACGUGAUGAACGGACUUUAAUAAAUCCAGAUAUUAAAGUUGUGGACUUUGGAAGUGCGACAUACGAUGAUGAACAUCACAGUACGUUGGUGUCUACAAGACAUUACAGAGCACCUGAAGUUAUAUUAGCCCUUGGAUGGUCCCAGCCAUGUGAUGUGUGGAGUAUAGGGUGCAUUCUUAUUGAGUACUACCUUGGGUUCACAGUAUUUCCGACACAUGACAGCAAGGAGCACUUGGCAAUGAUGGAAAGGAUUCUUGGACCUUUACCGAAACAUAUGAUACAGAAAUCCAGGAAACGUAAAUAUUUCCAUCAUGACCAAUUGGACUGGGAUGAGCACACAUCUGCAGGAAGAUAUGUUUCAAGACGUUGUAAACCUCUGAAGGAAUUUAUGCUCUCUCAGGAUGCCGAGCAUGAGCUUCUGUUUGACCUCAUUCAGAAAAUGUUGGAGUAUGACCCAGCCAAAAGAAUUACUCUCAAAGAAGCUUUAAAGCACUCAUUUUUCGUCCCUCUUAAAAAAACUAUAUAGGUCUAGGUUUCUGUACAGCCCUUGAAGAGAUCAUAUAGACUGUAUCAGUCUUUUCUUUGAAAUAUUAAAUUAUUUGUAUAUAACUUUGUAAAUUUCUUAGGUUUUGUAUUAUUGCCUUGUUUGUUGUGCUUGUGUAAUUUAAGCACAUAGCUAAAUAAACUAAUGGACUUUUCCCCCCCUAUAAUUACUAUAAAAGCUGAUAUAAUAAACAUGUGCUUCUAAAAGCUA